UGAAGUUAAGUAAAAAAAACAACAACAAAAAACACAAAACACCAUAAGCAUAAGAGAUCAUUUACCUUAGCCUAAAGAGCACUGAGAUAACCCAGAUUGAAACAUGAUCCUGCUGCAAGUUAACUGAGCAAGCUGCAGCACCUUUGUACUAUAGUUCAUGACGUUCUUAGAAACAGUUUUAGUAGAAAGCCUGGCAGUGAAGCAGCAGCAAAUAGAACAAACAUGUUUGACAAUAAAACAAUGUGAAUUAGCGCAGGUUUUUCACAAAAAUAAUAGAUUACAUAGUAGCUGCAUUUAUUGCACUAAUUAAAAUAUCCCUUGCACAAAUAACAAAAAGAAACUCAUUAUUUUUUCAGAUAUGCAUUAGCCUUUCUAAAAUGUAAUAAAACUUGUGAGGUUUUGUUUUACAUAAGAUUUUGAUACAAUUAUGAAAGAGGUCAUGGAGAAAUUGUGCCGCUCAUUUAUUGCUCAACACCAAAAAUCAAGUGUACAAAACGACAGUAUCUGUUUUGGUGACUAUCAGCUGUUAAACAUUUUCAUUUUAAUUAUACAGCGAUAUUGCCAUAACAGAGAGAACAUUUGAAUAUAGUUUCUGGUAGAGUGAGCUUUAUGCAUGGGAAAGGACGUGGUAUCUCUUGAGGCUGGAGUUUGAACUCAAACAUGUAGUAAAUGUCCUGAAUGUACUGUCAGUCUGCCGUAAGGAAGGACAACUGUUGCCUCUGUCGACAACAGGAGCCAUGCCUUUGCAGUGUGUGUCUGGGAUAUUUGUACUCUACAGCUUGUGUCUGCUCUCUUUCUCACCCCACUGUGAUGGAGGAAACAUUCUGGUGUAUCCGGUGGAUGGCAGCCAUUGGAUUAACAUGAAGAUUCUGCUACAAGAACUUCACACAAGAGGACACAACAUCUCUGUGAUCAGGUCUUCUACCAGUUGGUACAUCCCAGAAGAGUCUCCCCUGUACACAUCCAUCACAAUUGAAAUGGACGAAGAUGUGGAGGAUUUCUUUGAUGUGUUCCUACAAGAACAUUUGAGGGCACAGCGAGAUGGAACUUCCCUGCUGACUUUCUUCAAGCUCACCAAAGGAUUUCUUUCUAUGAUUGCUCGAGCACAUCUUUUAUGGUCGGAUGCUACAAAUCAAAUCUUAAACAACAAAACUUUGGUCAAAAGCUUGAAAGAUUCCCAAUAUGAUCUGGUUCUUGUUGAUCCAGCAAUAGCACCAGGGGUUGUGUUAGCUAAACACCUCAAGCUUCCGUUAGUCCUCAAUGUUCGCUGGAUCACCAGUGGAGAAGGCCACUUUGUGCUGGCCCCCUCACCGCUUUCUUACAUCCCAGUUCCUGGAUCUGGUUCAACAGACAACAUGAGUUUCUUCCAAAGGGUCAAAAACAUGUUCUUCUAUAGCCUUGUUUUGUUUCAAGAGAAAAUUUUGGUGGGGCCGAUUUAUGAUGCCAUGUGUGAUAAAUACAUUGAAGGUGGAUGCAACAUCGUCUCGCUGCUUCAGGAAGCCGACAUCUGGCUGUUCAGGUCAGAUUUUGUGUUUGACUUCCCUCGGCCAACGAUGCCAAAUGCUGUUUAUAUCGGAGGGUUCCAGUGCAAGCCUGCCCAGCCUCUUCCAGCAGACCUGGAGGACUUUGUUCAGAGUGCCGGAGAGCAUGGAGUCAUCAUCAUGAGUCUGGGGACUUUGGUAAACACACUGCCCAAGGAGGUAACAGAAGAAAUAGCUAGUGUUUUUGCCAAGAUGCCUCAAAAGGUGAUAUGGAAACACAAAGGAGAGCAACCCUCUACCCUGGGCAAUAAUACCCUGAUAGUGGACUGGAUGCCACAGAAAGACCUCCUGGGUCACCCUCAGAUCAGAGUCUUUGUAGCUCAUGGAGGAACAAACGGAGUCCAGGAGGCCAUUUACCAUGGAGUCCCAGUUCUUGGUAUCCCCCUGUUCUUUGACCAGUAUGACAACCUUCUACGUCUGCAGGAAAGAGGAGCAGCAAAGAUCAUUCAUCUAGCUGAUGUUAACGGGGACACUUUUGAAGAAGGUAUUAAGGAAGUGCUUUAUAAAGACAGCUACAGGCAGAACAUGCACCGACUGUCACGUCUACACAAAGAUCAACCUCUAGCUCCCAUGGAUAAGGCUGUCUUCUGGGUAGAGUAUGUGAUUCGCAACAAAGGGGCUGCACAACUGCGUACUGGGGCGUAUAAGAUGCCCUGGUACUCUUACCACUCAUUGGAUGUACUGCUCUUCUUGAUAAGUUCAACAACUUUGAUUUUCUUCUCCAUCAUUGUUAUGGUUAGAUAUCUUUGCUACAGAAGAAGAAACACCAAACCUAAGCAAAGUUGAUCUCUUUUAAAAUUUACCAGAAGGGGUUUAAGGCAAUUAUUUUCCAAAGUGUUUUACAAAAUUUGAUAAAUUGAAAUAUGAAACCUUUGUUUUAAAUAAUUUGGAUUAUUUUUUUCGUCUUCGUCUUCCUCCACUUAUCCGGGUCCGGGUCGCGGGGGCAGCAUCCCAACUAGGGAGCUCCAGACCGUCCUCUCCCAGCCACCUCCACCAGUUCCUCCGGCAGGACCCCAAGGCGUUCCCGGACCAGAUUGGAGAUGUAACCUCUCCAACAUGUCCUGGGUCGACCCGGAGGCCUCCUGCCGGCAGGACAUGCCCGAAACACCUCCCAGGGAGGCGUCCAGGAGGCAUCCUGACCAGAUGCCCAAACCACCUCAACUGACUCCUUUCGAUCCGGAGGAGAAGCGGUUCUACUCCGAGUCCCUCCCGAAUGUCCGAGCUCCUCACCCUAUCUCUAAGGCUGAGCCCGGCCACCCUACGGAGAAAACUCAUUUCGGCUGCUUGUAUUCGCGAUAAAUUUUUUGUCUGGUCAAAUAAUUAAUUUGUCUUUAAUAAUUCAAACUUGCUAUUUUAUAUUAUUGAACUUUAAUUUAACAAUAUAAAAUAUCCCAGUGAGAUAAAAAAAAACAUUUUCCUGGUCAGACCUGGCCUUGAAAGGAAGAAAAAUAAAUUGUAUUUACCAAAGUGCACAAUUAAAAUGCUUGAUAAAAAUCUUCUAAAAUAUGUCAUACUCCUAUGUGUUAAUCUUUAAAGGUUCAAUAUGUAAAAAUGACAUUCUGUGGUCAAAUUUGGGUAUUGCAGAAUGUCAUUUUUCCAAACAAGUUACCAUAUGGAUGGAUCAGCACUAGAAGAUUCUAGGUGACCACCAAAGUGUACACAGUAAGUUGAUAAAAAGAUAAAUACAUUGUCCUAUCUGGUGUUAGCGCUUCUGGAUAUUUUAUGGUAGGGAGAACUUACUACAGUUAUUAUGGCAGUGUGUCUCUGGCAUUAAUGGAAGUGUGGUUAUUUGCUGUUUUACCGGUAGCUUGCUGCUGUUAUUCUGAACGACUCAUUAAAGGAAGUAAGACGCCACCAUUGAUUCAUUAUUCACAUCACACAUACAUUUCACUGUACUAUCAAAUUGUUGGUAAUUGAAAAAAGUUUGUGACAUUUUUACCGUUCUCCUUUGUUUUUGUUGUUUUUUAAAGGAGAAAAACUAACAACCCCCCAGCCGACUGAGAAUGAAAUCUGCUUUAGUAUGACCUUCCUUUCCAUCGUGAUUGAGACAUUUGGCAGUUUUGUGAUCGUUUCACUUUAGAAUUCUUAAAUAUUGCUCCUUUAAGUUGAUGGUGUGUAGACAAACUUGUGAAAAUGUCCACUCUGGAUAAUUCUACAGGUACUUGUCUAUGCAGGUUUAAAAGUCCCUUUCAUGAUUUUUAAUUUUCAGAAAGUCGGUUUGUGUUUGAUUAUGCUUAAUGCAAGUUACAACACUGACUUUCAACACAUUUAACUCAUUUACUUGUCAGUAAAUCUGACCACUAAACAUUUGCCUUAAUAGAAUAAAUGGACUACAAUUAUGAGUAGAUUUAAUUUUAUUUUGAUUUCAUACAAAAGCCAGUGCUUGUCUUAUACGUUUCCAAUGCAUGAACACAGUGCUGUUUUUCACUGUGUAAGCCACCAAAGGAAGUUCAUAGUUUUAUCCGAGAACACUUUUCACUUUUGACCGACUGAUGACAUGAUAUUCUUCAAAACUGAGUUCAAGCAAACAGAUUAUUACUGAAACUACUAAAUAAAUCACUUUUUCUACUGUC